AUGUACUCCGUUUGGGUGGACAGGUGCUUGUUGCGUCAGGUCACGCGAUGCGACUUGGAGGAGGCACGCCUACCAAGGGGUCCCUUGUCCUUGGAGCAAUGUAGCAAUGUACGGUUCCAAGGUACCGCGAGAACUGGCAUCGCCCCAUCUUCAUACCGGUCCCCGCUAGCUCUCUACCUCUCCCAACCCCCGCUUCGUCUUGGAGACCAAAGCUCGCGUGACGACAGCUCUGACUCCAACCAGGACCAAGCCUGGACCGCACCACUCUGGCACCUUCUCUGGCACUUCUGGCACUCACCAAGGCUGUGUCUCCUCCUCUGCGUGACUCGCUCCCACAAGGCCAACGACCGUGAUCACAAGGGCAUCGCCGAAGGCACUGCUCUCCCCGUUGAGCAUCUUCCCCGUUACUUUGCCAAGAGUGGCUACGCCGACGUCGAUCCCAAAAAGAUCAAGAAGGACGGUGCUGGCAAGGGCAACUGGGGCACCCUUCAUGAAGACAUUGCCGACGAGGACUUUACUUUUACCAAUACCCGUCGCCGCUCCAACAGUAGCACCAUCUCCCACCACGGAAAAGAGUUUCGCACCAAGUUCGAGGUGAUUGACAGUGAGCCUGUCUUUGAGGAGUCUGUCCACGGUCCCCUCGUCGAAGAGGAGGAGAAUGGAGAUGAUCUCUCCAAGACGGAUUCCUCGGAGAGCGGCCGCUCGUCGUAG